AUGGCUUCAAGUGAACCUCAUUUCGAGUCUCUCAAAGCGAAGGCAAUAUUCACAAGAUUCAGUGACGACUUGCUCGCUACCAUAAUAUCCUCAGACAAAUUUGACACACAUGAUUUGGAGCCAUAUAUUGAAGGUUAUCGUGGCUGGUGCAAGGACCUCGAGGAGGAGGAGGAUACCAUUCGAGAGGAUAAGACCAUAUAUGUAAACAGAACACGUUCACCGUCCCUUCAUGUGCAGCGAAAGCGUCAUUGCGACCAGAUAGAGCGCACUGAUCCAUGUCAGACCGUAACUUGCAGUACAACGCCCGAGAUGUGUACACGUUCACCAUCGCCUCAGCGAAAGCGCCAUUGCGACCAGAUAGGGCCCAGCCAUCCAUCUGAUACCGUGGCUUGCAGUACAGCGCCAGAGCUGUGUUGCUCGACACUUACCACCGGCUCUAUAGAUACUCUUCGGCCUAAGCCAGGGGAGGUAUACUGCGCCUACCAUGAGCAAUCUCAGCGGCGUCUUGCCGCAGUAAUCCUCCCACUCACAGACCCCGGCAGCAUUGGCAUCUUAGGUACUAUGGAGGCAUUAGGCUUCUCCAAGAAUGUACCCAAUUGCGUUGUUUUUAAUGUGAACUCUGGGAGGCUUGAGUGGCGUGAUGGAUACGGGGACGGUGAACCAUCGUCGCAUUUACGAAAAUAUCCGGUUAUAUAUUUUACUGGUCGCAGAUUCCCGGAGAAUGAGGCUGCGGGCUGGGUCUCGGCUGAGGACCUACGAGUGCUGGAUGAAAAUCUACGAGCGUCCGAUACUCCAUUGUAUCAGGCUGUCAGAGCCUACCUGGAGAGACGAACACUCUGCCAAACAUUCAGGGAGAGACAAUGUGAUCCUGACACUCCAUUGAUUCAGAGCAAUAAGGUUUUCGGAUCUUAUGACAGUUGGAGGUUCUGCCCAAUAGCUCCGUUGCCAGCACCAAAUGUCUACCUCAUGGGACCAGAUAAAUCCCGUCAUUCGAUGGGACAGAGUUCUUGGUCAGCUCACUCUUAUGGCCGUUCUCUCAUGCAGGGGUAUUCGCAGAAACUGCCAGUCAAGCUGCCAUGGCCGCACCCAACAAACCCCAGCCGUUCCUGCCAACGGAAGAUGCCGAGCACGUUGAACCUCCCAGAUUCCUGUCGUCUGACGCAAUUCGCUGUCGGUAAACAUGGACCGAAAGCAACCACUUUACCCCCCCCUGAACAAACUGAGAGAUUUAGCCCUCGGUGCACAUUUGGGGCUCUUUGCAUGGCCGGAGGAGCUCUCGCCACGCAUCCUCGACAGGCUGCGCAGAAGGCUUAA